GCCAAGUGUUAAGUAAAGUAAGGGUUUACCACAUCAGUUAUCACCAAAAGGAAUGGCUGAAGAAGAAGGGCGUGGUGAGUUCACAGAGGAUGGAACUGUGGAUCUCAGAGGAAACCCUGUUCUUAGAUCCAAGAGAGGUGGUUGGACUGCUUGUUCCUUUAUUGUUGUGUAUGAGGUGUUUGAGAGGAUGGCUUACCAUGGAAUAUCAUCUAAUCUGGUGGUCUACUUAACAAAGAAGCUUCACCAGGGAACCGUUGCCUCUGCCAACAACGUUACCAACUGGACCGGUACCGUAUGGAUGACUCCGAUCCUCGGUGCCUACAUCGCCGAUGCCCAUCUCGGCCGCUAUUGGACCUUCGUCAUUGCUUCUUCCAUAUAUAUCUCGGGUAUGUGUUUGCUAACUCUGGCUGUUUCACUACCAGCACUGAGACCUCCUCAUUGCCACCAAGUAGAUGUUAAUUCAUGCAAACAUGCUUCACCAUUACAAUUGGGUGUCUUCUACUCUGCACUUUACAUAUUAGCAAUUGGAACUGGUGGAACAAAGCCCAACAUCUCCACCAUUGGUGCUGAUCAAUUUGAUAAUUUCCAUCCAAAGGAGAAAACCCAUAAACUCUCCUUCUUCAAUUGGUGGAUGUUUAGUAUCUUCUUUGGUACACUCUUUGCUAAUACCUUCCUUGUUUACAUUCAAGACAAUGUGGGCUGGACUCUUGGUUAUGGGCUUCCAACAAUUGGGCUUAUAAUAUCUGUUUUGAUCUUUCUUGCUGGUACACCAUUCUAUAGACACAAGUUACCCACUGGAAGUCCCUUCACUAGAAUGGCCAGAGUCAUUGUGGCUUCCUUAAGGAAAUGGAGAGUACCUAUCCCUUCUGAUCCUAAACAACUUUAUGAGCUUGAUUUACAGGAAUAUGCUUCUAAAGGAAAGUUUAGGAUUGAUUCCACAAAUACCUUAAGGUUACUCAACAAGGCCUCUGUGAGAACAGCUUCAAACUCUCCAUGGAUGCUAUGCUCUGUUACCCAAGUGGAGGAGACAAAGCAGAUGCUCUGUAUGAUCCCGAUUCUUAUCGCAACCUUCGUGCCAAGCACCAUGCUUGCUCAAAUCAAUACUCUUUUUGUCAAGCAAGGUACAACCCUAGAUAGAAGUAUUGGGAAUUUCUCUAUUCCCCCUGCAAGCUUAACCGCAUUCGUAACGAUAUCAAUGCUUGUUUGUGUCGUGAUUUAUGAUCGAUUCUUCGUUAAAAUGAUGAGAAGAUGGACUAAGAAUCCAAGGGGGAUUACACUUCUUCAGAGAAUGGGGAUUGGACUUCUUCUUCACAUAAUAAUCAUGCUAAUUGCAUCUCUAACUGAGAGAAGGAGACUAAGUGUGGCUAAACAACAUGGUUUAGUAGAAAAUGGAGGGACAAUUCCACUAUCCAUAUUCAUUUUACUCCCUCAAUUCAUUCUUAUGGGAACAGCAGAUGCAUUUUUAGAGGUUGCGAAGAUCGAAUUCUUCUACGAUCAGGCGCCGGAGAGUAUGAAGAGUUUGGGGACUUCUUAUGCCAUGACAAGUCUAGGGAUAGGCAAUUUCCUUAGCAGUUUCCUUCUUUCAACAGUUUCUAGCAUUACAAAGAGUGAUGAUGGCCACAAAGGAUGGAUUCUAAAUAAUCUCAAUGCCUCUCAUUUAGACUACUACUAUGCAUUCUUUGCAGUACUAAACAUACUAAAUUUCAUCUUCUUUGCUAUGGUGACCAAGUUUUAUGUUUACAAAGCAGAUACAUCUGAACAAAUCAAUGGAAAUGCUUAGAGA